GCGCGCGGGGCGACUUCCGGCGGAGUGAGCACAGGGUCGCGACGUGCCGGCUUUCUAGGGUGGCGGCGGUGGCGAGAUGACCACGCUCCGGGCCUUCACGUGCGACGACCUGUUUCGCUUCAAUAACAUUAACUUGGACCCACUUACAGAAACUUAUGGGAUUCCUUUUUACUUACAGUACCUCGCCCACUGGCCAGAGUAUUUCAUCGUUGCAGAGGCACCUGGUGGAGAAUUAAUGGGUUAUAUUAUGGGUAAAGCAGAAGGCUCAGUAGCCAGGGAAGAAUGGCAUGGGCACGUCACAGCUCUGUCUGUUGCCCCUGAAUUUCGACGUCUUGGUUUGGCUGCUAAACUUAUGGAGUUAUUAGAAGAGAUUUCAGAAAGAAAGGGUGGAUUUUUUGUUGAUCUCUUUGUAAGAGUAUCUAACCAAGUUGCAGUCAACAUGUACAAGCAAUUGGGCUACAGUGUGUAUAGGACGGUCAUAGAGUACUAUUCAGCCAGCAACGGGGAGCCCGAUGAGGAUGCUUAUGAUAUGAGGAAGGCACUUUCCAGGGACACUGAGAAGAAAUCCAUCAUACCAUUACCUCAUCCUGUGAGGCCUGAAGACAUUGAAUAACCAUAGGCAGUGGUUCUUAGGCAGUUGUUCCAAAUAGUUUAUGGACAAUAUUAUUUUCAUUGGAUGAUCUUGGAGCACUAUUAGGAGAAAAGUAAUCAUUUAGGUCUUAAAGACUUUAAGAAAAUACAGGAUAUAAACAUUUUCAAUCUCAUUGUUUCCAUUUAGCAAUAUCACAUGUCUUAAAGCUGUUUGCUCUAAUAAAAUUCAAUCAAGAAGGCAGCUAGGUCAGAAGGAAGCUUUCCACUAUCAUGAUUCAUAAUGUCCACUAUAUGCCGGGAAAAGACUUGCUCCAGCCUCUUAAAUUCUGUGCCUGAGAACCACUGCUGCAUAUAUAUAUAUAUAUAUUUUUUAUUUUGUAUUGAACUGUUAAUUGAAGCUUUAAAAGCAUAUAUGAAAUGUAUAAAUCUAAGAUGUAUAAUAAAAUACAUUGUUGAUUCUAUGAA